AUGGCUUCAAUUAUCCAAUCACUGCUUGUGCUUGUUCUGGCCACUUUGGCCACAUUUAUGGUCCCAUGCAGUGCACAACUAAGUCCUAAUUUCUAUAACAAAGUUUGUCCCAAGGCAUUGCCAGUCAUAAGAUCAGUUGUUCAACGAGCAAUUGUUCGUGAACCACGCAUUGGAGCCUCAUUUCUGCGUUUGCAUUUCCAUGACUGCUUUGUUAAUGGAUGUGAUGGAUCAGUUCUGUUGGAUGACACAAGGAACUUCACUGGGGAGAAAACAGCCCAGCCAAAUCUGAAUUCCAUCAGAGGGUUUGAAGUGGUUGAUGAGAUCAAGGCAGCAGUUGACAAAGCUUGCAAACGCCCUGUCGUGUCAUGUGCUGAUAUCUUGGCUACAGCUGCUCGAGAUUCUGUGGCCAUCUUGGGAGGUCUACACCUAUGGUAUCCUGUAUUACUUGGCAGAAGAGACGCCAGAACUGCGAGCAAAGAUGCUGCAAACAACAACCUUCCCGCUCCAUUUUUCAGCUUCUCACAGCUUCUCACCAAUUUCAACUCUCACGGAAUGAACCUCAAGGACUUAGUGGCACUCUCUGGUGGCCACACCAUAGGGUUUUCAAGGUGCACCAACUUUAGAGACCGAAUCUACAACGACACCAACAUCAACCCUACUUUUGCAGCCUCUCUGCGCAGAACAUGCCCUAGAGUUGGUGGCGAUAACAACUUGGCUCCAUUGGACCCAACUCCUGCAAUGGUUGACACUUCAUACUACAAGGAGUUGCUCUGCAACAAGGGUCUCCUUCACUCUGACCAAGAGCUCUACAAGGGCAAUGGCAGUGAAAGUGACAAGUUGGUAAAGCUUUACAGUGAGAACCCUUUUGCAUUUGCUAAAGAUUUUAAGGCUUCUAUUAUCAAGAUGGGUAACUUGAAGCCUCUCACUGGGAGAAAGGGAGAGAUCAGACGCAAUUGCAGAAGGGUUUGUAAACUUUAUGCAGUUUUCCUACGUUCUUCAUUCAUUAUAGAAAACUACUCUAUAGGAUCUUUAGAUUAUUGA